AUGGGAAUAGGAAUGGGAAUAGGAAUGGGAAUAGGAAUGGGAAUAAGAAUGGGAAUAGGAAUGGGAAUAGGAAUGGGAAUAGGAAUGGGAAUAGGAAUGGGAAUAGGAAUGGGAAUAGGAAUGGGAAUAGGAAUGAGAAUAGAAAUGGAAAUAGGAAUGGGAAUAGGAAUGGGAAUAGGAAUGGGAAUAGGAAUGGGAAUGGGAAUGGGAAUGGGAAUAGGAAUAGGAUUAGGAGUAGGAAUAGCAAUAAGAAUAGGAAUAGGAAUAGUAAUAGGAAUAGGAAUAGAAAUAGGAAUAGGAAUAGGAAUAGGAAUAGGAAUAGGAAUAGGACUAGAAAUAGGAAUUGGAAUAGGAAAAGGAAUGGUAAUAGGAAUGGGAAUAGGAAUGGGAAUAGGAAUGGGAAUAGGAAUGGGAAUCGGAAUGGGAAUAGAAAUGGGAAUAGGAAUGGGAAUAGGAAUGGUAAUAGGAAUGGGAAUCGGAAUGGGAAUAGAAAUGGGAAUAGGAAUGGGAAUAGGAAUGGGAAUAGGAAUGGGAAUAGGAAUGGGAAUAGGAAUGGGAAUAGGAAUGGGAAUAGGAAUGGGAAUAGGAAUAGGAAUGGGAGUAAGAGUAGAUAUAGGAAUCGGAGUAGGAGUAGGAGUAGGGAUAGGAACAGGAUUACGAAUAGGAAUAGGAGUAGGACUAGGAAUAGGAAUAGGUAUAGGAAUAGGAGUAGGAAUAGGAAUAGGUAUAGGAAUAGGAGUAGGAAUAGAAACAGGAUUAGGAAUAGGAAUAGAAAUAUAA